UUUUUCAUGUCGAAAAAGGUUUCCAGACAGGAUUGGGAGGAACGAAGCACUGUCCACUGCCCAGUUGCUUCAUUCUAGCUGCAGAUCUGCCUCGAGUAGGAGCAUUUUAAUCCAGUUUUAUACGUAAAGAUUUGAAAGCAAUUCAAAAUGAGCUCUAACAAUGGUGCAUCGGCUAAGAGACAGGAUGAUGACGUCAUUGAGCCGCAAGCUACUGAAAAAGCUAUUAAGGAAACAAAUAUAUGGUCUCAAACAUCUGGUGUUAGCGCACCUCCAGCUAGACUUCCCUCACCUCCGCCGUAUUCGACCGGGGACGGAGCUCAACUGGAUUUUUUUAACAAAGUAUAUCGAGAUUUGCCAAUCAUUUCAAAGCCGCUUGAUGUGACAACCUGUGUCUACAGAGUGAUCAAGAACUCAAACUGUCUCUCGACUUGCGUCUUCGAUGCAGCGGAAAGGACAGUGGGCUGUCUGAAAAGCACCGCGAAUGAAAAAAUCAAUUAUAUCGUGAACCCAAAAUUCAUCAAGGAUGUUGAUAAUGGGUUAUGCCAAACCCUUGAUUGUGUGGAAUACAAUGUUCCAUGCAUCAAAUUUGAUCCAUUUAAGAUGUUCCUAUAUGUGUGCUCAGGAAGGUGUGCACUGAAUUGCGUGUGUCAGUCAAUAGAUUUCACUUUUGAAACAGUCCGAAAAAUACUAAGUACGCUGCUUUGUAAGAAGAAUAGGGAAACACAGUCUGCAAUAGAAGCAGCAGUUGCUGAUGCGCUACCUACUCGGACCUGAACAUUGGGUGGACAGAGUAAUCCAAGCAGCAUGCAGCUAGAACCUGGCUUCAACAUUCCUAAUGUAGAGUGGUCGUUGAACUAAUGAAUUAAGUGUAAUUAUAAUUGUAUCACUUCAAUGUUAUUUUAUCAUGAAGUUUUUAAUGAAAAUAUUGAAUGUGAGCCUUGAAAGUUUUAUCUUUCUAAUUUGUUGAAACCAUUGUAAGAGAAAUUUCAAGUGUCAUAUCGUCAGGGCUGGUGCAAAAUACAUGCGGGCAACUAAAGGAUAAAACUUUCAAUUUUGCGGAAAUUUUAAAAGUACUGUAUUUAUUUAGCGCCACCAGCAAGCGGCGUCGCGGCCAUGAUAAGAAUAACAUUUUUAAUUUGGUAGAAAAAAUGGUACAUAUGUUUAGCUAGUAUAUGUUAGCUCCAUGAUAAAUCAUUUUAUUCAUAGCCAAAAAACAAUAAUUUGGAACAGUGUGUACUUCAUACUUCACGAGCCUUCAUAUGGGGUUUCCCUCCUUCAGUCGUCUCCUCUACAAAAUCCUGUCCAUCUUCUCUCCGCGUUUCCAACCCUUCUCCUUCCACUCUGUCUCCCCACCUCAUCCUAGGCCUUCCUCGCCCUCCCGUCCCAUCCACAUCCAAAUCCUGCACCCUCCGUCCCACCUCAUCCUGGCCUCCUGCAUCUUCCAUCCCAAUCUAUCCCUAAAAAAAUAUCCCUAGACUUAUCCCUUUCGGUUUGAAAAAUCCCUUGAAGUGAGACCACUGCUGAGCUCCCUAGCUAGAGCCCGACCGCUAGUUAUGUAAAUAGGCUGGUGGCGCCAAAUCCGCCACUAAAAAUUCUCCUUGCACCGACCCUAGCAGCUAGAACCUGGCUUCAAAGUUCCUAAAUGUAGAGUGUAUUAAUAGUUCAACUAUUAAUAGUGACAAUACCAAGUAUCGUUUAUUUCCGGAGAGGCCGGUACCUUGUCUGUAGCAGUCAUACGCUAAAAUUUAUGUCCAUUUAUAAGCUAUUUCUCAAAGGAGUUCAGAAUAGUCAAAUUUUCAGCAAUAGCCGAAAAGCUAAAAUUAAUAAUACUCAGAGAGUAAGUCAAAGUAAUCUCUAAAGAAAAAGAGUGUUCUCAGUCAGUCAAAAUACAAGAAAAGUUAUGCAAAAAAGUGUUCUCAGUCAGUCAACAUACAAGAAAAGUUAUGCAACAUAAUCAGGAAACAGGGGGUACGACAUGGCACAGGUCACAAUCCCCUGAAACAAACACACACAAGAACACAAGCAAAAAUUUUCGCCCUGACUUUCCAAAUUACAAAACACAGCAUAUUUCAAGAUCAUAAAGCAGAUACACUGGUACAUGGUUAGAUGAUUAGAGUAAACAAGCAUGUAACUCACCUUUUCAUUCUAUAUCUCUCCGCCGCCAUGUGCGGCGACAUAUCAUGGUCAGAAGUUUCAGGAGUAACUGGUUAAAAGGUUAGACAAUAGAAAUGCAGUCGGAGGACGACAGAUGGGCAUGAGACGGGGACCGCCAGAACACCACGUAAUCAUAAUUGUAAUAAUUGUCAUAAUCAUUAAGUGUAAUCAUAAUUGUACCAGGUCAAUGAUAUUUUAUCAUAAAGUUUUUAAUUGGAAUAUUAAUUGUGAUUAAAUGCUUGUCAAUCAUGAUGAACGCCUGUGAUAGAGAAAUGUACAUUGUAGCCUACAAGCUUUGUUGAAAAUUAGAUUAGUGUUUUUGUAAACUAUGUAUUGUCCUCCAUCAAUGUGAUAUUAAUCGUUAUUGAAGCGGCUUUAGAAAACACAUGAUUAUAAUGGAAAUGUUUUAUAAAUGUAGCCUUAAUUGAAUGUUGUUUUUAAAAUGUAAAAACAUUAUGAAACAUUUAAUGUUUCAUUUGAAAUCUUGAAUGUCAAUUUAUUGGAAUGUUUUAGCGCACGUACAUGAUUCAAGAAUGUUUGAAUAGUGAAUGAUAUUUUUGAUAAAUAAACACUAUCCCACAUUA